AUGGCGCACCGGGAGCGGAGAGAGAGGGAGGAGCUCAACGAUCAGCUCACGGGGCUGUCUGAGCGACUUGAACGCACCGAAAUAGAAUCCGAUUCGCUUCGCCAGGCACUGGCGGAGUCGCGGAAGGAGGCAGAGCACUACCGAACCUUGGCGGCUGGCAACGAAGUCCGCUUCAAGGCGGCCGAGGAGGAUAGGGAGCGGCAGUACGAGGAGAGCCAAAAGCACCGGGCGAUGUUCGACGAGGCAAUGAAGAAGGCCAGUCGGCUGAAGAGCGAGGCUCACAAGCGCGAUAAUGUCAUCUCUGGCCUGAAGACGGACUUGUCCACCUCGGUGGAACGCACGCAGUCUCUCGAGGUCCAACUGGACGGCCUGAAAACCACCUUUUCGAAGGUCGCCGAUCAUGUGAAAGGCCGACAAGGCCCAAAGACAGACACUGCAAGGUUGCUGAUAGACAAGAUGGCGAAACUACGCAAGCUCGAAAGCCAAGUAGAGAAUGACCUUUCGCGAGGAAACGAGGCAGAUGAGAGAGGGCAGGAAGAAAGGCAAACCAGACCACAUACUGUCACGACUCGAAGAGAAGAGCUGCGACAUGACUGGCAACAGGCCGAGGAGGAAACACUAGCGGUCGAGAGACGCAGAACGCCGUCAGAACCCGAUAUCUUCGGAUCGUCCUUGGAAGGCGAACUGGAUCAACGACGACAUUUGGACGACGACAACGACAACGACAACGACAACGACAACGACAACGACAACGGCGACAAUAGGUCCGAAUCCUCCGUCAGAACAAGACCUUCCAGCUCUGAUGAUUCCACAAAUCUGACGGAUCUGUCCGAUGACAAUCCAAGCCCCAAGGUGAACGUUGCCCCCAGCCCCGUUUCUGGCUUGGAGCCCAGCCCGUCGGUGCACCAGAAGCAGGAGCAUCCGGAGUUCCGCCUGGAUCUUUUGGAGCAAGGCGGACCUCGGAAGCGCGUUCGAAUCCGUGAAUAUCGAGACAAUACCGUGCUGAAAGAGCCCAACCCAUGGCAAGUAACCAAGAAGUCCCGCCUUCCGGUGGCCCUGGUGAAGGACCUCUCGCGAUGGACGCUGCAAGAAACGCCAGACAAGAAGUCGACCAAGACAAGCAUGAACCAGGUCAAGUCCAUUUUGAAGAAGCUCCCGGGAAACUCGCAACCCGAAAGAUUCAAAUCACACCGGCCCGAUCGGUUUAAACGAUCCAAACGCGACAAGCCGCCGGUCAGAGAGUCCUCGGCUCCCAUCGAAUAUACGGUUCUGGUUGACCCGGCCAUGGCUCAGGAUACCAACAUGUUUGGCACUCAAGACUCGGCAAAUCGGUCUGCUAUCCAGCCUACGCAGACCGGCCAGCAAAAUUCUAACAGCAUCCACGGGAACAUGUUCGCCCCUGAAGUGCUCGCUCCUCCCAGGCCUACUGCUCCCAACGACGCCAGCACUGCCACUAGGAAAGACAACGUCAACAACCAAAAUAUUCCUCUCCUCCACUGGGGACCCUCGGCGACCUCGUCGAAACGACCCGUCGCCAAACCGCUGCGGAAGUACAAGGCACUCGGUGCGCCGGUCAAGGACAGUGUCAAGCUGCCUCGGAUCGUGCGCAAUAACUACCCAGGAGCCAUAUACCGUCCGACACCGUACGGACAGGGAUCUUCUCGUCUGGAUCUUCCCUGGGCGGCAUGGAUGACGAAGAUGCGUGCAACCGAGAACAAGCGCCCGGCACCAGCCCAGGACAACCAGGACUUCGACUUCAACUUCGACUUGGACCUCUUCCAGCGGGGCGCGGGCACCACGGAUUUACUGCCCGAGCGAAAGCGCGUCUUGCGGAAACGGCGCAUCAUGUUCAUGCUUAUGGUACUGAUCUUCGUAUGGUUUCUCUUUCCCAGCCCAGGGAGUAUCAGCGAUCGUGACAUGUGGAUGCAGGCCAACGACGUGCCUGGGUCGGUUCUAAGGCAAAUGCGCGGCCGACCGACCAUGAACUAUCGAUGGAUGGAUAUUUUGGAAUAUGAGUUGAUAACAAGGUCUGGAAUUGACCGGGUGGCUAUAGGAUAA